UGGCGAUCUAGACGAUAUAAAUCAUACAGAGCAUAACACCAGGGCAUACCAGCAAAGUUCAAAUCACAAUGCAAGUUCCAGUCAGUGGGCCUCUUUCUACCAUUGAAUCAAUCACCCGACAACUCAACGCCCUUGAUGAGAUAAGAGGCACCACAAUCCUCCUCCAUUCCUCUCUCAGCUCCCUAGGCUGGGUGUGCGGUGGUGCGGAGGCGGUAGUCCUUGCGAUAUUAUCUGCAAUUGGGCCCGACGGCACCCUAGUUGUCCCAACCCACACAGGCGAUAACUCGGACCCUGCAGAAUGGCAGUGCCCACCAGUCCCCAGGGAAUGGCAUGCGAUUAUUCGGGCAGCGUCGCCGCCAUACAAUCCGCCCACAAGUCGCACGAGGGGCAUGGGUGUCAUUGCAGAGACGAUACGAACGUGGCCAGGGGCCGUGCGGAGUGCACAUCCUCAAACGUCGUUCGCUGCGGUGGGGCCUUUGGCCGAGUGGUUGAUGAAAGGCCAUGAGGUGGACUGUCGGCUCGGGGAGAGCAGUCCACUAGCUAAGUUAGAGAAGGUUGACGCCAAGGUGCUGCUUCUGGGUGUGGGAUUUGAUGUUUGCACCGCGUUUCAUUUAGCGGAAUAUCGGGUCGCCAAUAACGCGGAAGAGCAUAUGGAGAAUAAUUCCUUUGCUAUCGCUACUGAAGAAGGAAGACAGUGGAUAACAGUCACGGACAUCCGAAUUUCAAGCGACCCAUUCGGAGAUUUGGGAGGUGAUUUCCAGAAGGCAGGGCUAGUUAUCGAAGGGAAAGUUGGCAAUGCCCUUGUGAAAUUAUUUAAAAUCUCCGAAGCUGUCCGGUAUGCAGAGGGCUGGCUCCAGAUGCAGAGAAAAUGAUAGUGCGUACGUGAUGAGAAAUAGGAGAGAUAUGUAGGGAAGAAUCUGAUUGAUAUGUCAUAUAAGAGACUUCAUACAAGGGCUAUCGAGAGAACCCCAGAACGAUGCUGCAGUAUACUAACGU